AUGGAGGACUGCAUCGUGAUUUCGGACGAUAGCGGCCCCGAGAGCGCCGAGGAAGCCCGCUCGGCCCGAGUGCGCAGGUUCCGCGGGCUCUGUGCGUCGGGCUGCGCGCAGCCCCGCCGGAUCGUGGAGUUCAUUGACUUAACAAAAGCCAGACGUAGAGUAAAGGACCGCAGUGGGAUCUGUGUGAUCGACCUGACCGGGACUGAAGAAGAAACUGCACCUAUCACCACUCUAGAUUUGACUGUAGAACCUGUGACUCCUGUCCAGAAGGAGCCAGCCAGUCAGCAACCAUGUUCUGACCUCUCCAGCAAGGAAGGGGCAACAGAAAGACAAGUGGACAGAAGUGUGCAGCCCACAGCUCAAAGAAUCAUUAACAGUGAGCCGGUGGACUUGGACCUUUUGGAAGAAUCUACAUUUGAAGGUCCUCCAGGCCAGACAACCCUGGGUAGGGUUGCAGUGUAUCCUGCCGAGCCCAAUUGUAGUACUACCACAAUCAAUGGAAACCUUGGUUUCAUACCCAACUUGCAGCUCUCUGCCAGUGUUCUCCCUGCCUCCUCCACAACUAAUAACAGUACCGGCAACCACAAGCAGGCACCCUGGCCAUACCCACCACAAGAUGUGCCUUGCCCACCACAAGCCUUGCCGUGCCCAUUGCAUGCCUUGCCGUGCCCACGGCAGAGCUCAUGCCCACCACGAGCCUCCUCGUGCCCACCGAGGCCCUUGUCCUGCCCAUCACAAACUUUGCAGUGCCCACUUCAAACCAUGUCUCACCUGCCUCUAGAAGUGCCAUGUCUCCAGGAUGUGCCAUGUCUUCGGAAUAUGCCAGACCCUCACACUAGGCCAUCUGGUGGGUGCACCAGGCCUGACCUACAUCCAGGUACAUCCUGGUACCCUCCACACUCUGCCAACCCCCCUCAAAACUCUCUCUGCCCCCAUCAAAACUCUUUGGCUCCCUCUCCAGAGAUAUCGGGCCCUCCACACACCUUAACCUAUCCACCAUCUGGGCCACAUCAACAGGAGAUGCCUCUGACACUGGGCGAACUACCACCAUCCCCAGGAUAUGUACCAUCCUCACCUGGAGCCAUGCUGCCACCAUCCCCAGGACAAACUCCCCAAUCAGUAGGAGACAUUUCUCUAUCACCAGCAGCCAUGCCAGCAUCACCAAGAGAUUUCCCACUGUCACCAGAAAGUGUGCCACUCUCACCUCGAGACAUCUCCUCCUACUCACCUGGAGACAUACCCCCUACUCCAGGAGAGGUGCCACAUACCCCGGGAGAGACUCCUCCAUUAUUGGAGACCUCGCCCCCCUUACCUGCAGCUCUGUCUGACUCUCCCACCAGCGACACCCAGCACACUGACAUGCCGAUGGAUAUCGACACACCCUCGCCAUCCAGCUGCACCUCCAGCCCUGUGUCACCGCUGUCAGAAAUGUCCCUUGAGAAUGUCUCUUGGCCCUCAGUCCCAGAAACGCCAGUGCACAAGGACAAGGCCUGGUCAGAGCCUGUGACACCCAAGUCUGAUCAAGUUUCAGCACAUGUCACACCGGAUGGGUUAUACAACAGGCCAUGCCUACACAGACUGAAGUACUUCCUGCGUCCCCCAGUGCACCACCUCUUCUUCCAGACACUUAUACCAGACAAUGACAAUGGAGAGAACAAAGAUCAAAAAUUAGAACCCAUUCCUCAUCGAAGGCUCAGAAUGGUGACGAAUACCAUAGAAGAAAACUUCCCACUGGGAACGGUGCAGUUUCUCAUGGACUUUGUGUCACCCCAGCAUUACCCACCCCGAGAAAUUGUGGCACAUAUCAUCCAAAAAAUCCUUCUCAGCAGCUCCGAGACACUGGAUGUCCUGAAGGAGGCCUAUAUGCUCCUCAUGAAGAUUCAACAGCUUCACCCAGCCAAUGCCAAGACUGUGGAGUGGGACUGGAAAAUACUCACAUAUGUCAUGGAGGAAGAGGGACGGACUCUGCCUGGCCGCGUACUCUUCCUGCGCUAUGUAGUCCAGACUUUAGAGGAUGAUUUCCAGCAGAUUCUACGGCGCCAACGGCAGAACCUCCAGCAGUCCAUCGCCAGUACAGUGCUUUCCUGUGACAAGCAACCCCAGAAUAUCAGGGAUGUCAUCAAGUGGUUGGUCAGAGCAGUCACAGAAGAUGGGUUCAUUCAACCCCCACAUGGGAACCAGAGCUCUGCCGGAAGCAGCACCUCCGAGGCUAGCAGUGGCUCCUCUUCUUUCCAGCCCAGCCAGCUGCUUGUGUGCCAGCUACAGCGGAUGCUUUCCAUCGCAGUGGAAGUGGACCGGACGCCCACCUGCAGCUCCAACAAGAUUGCAGAGAUGAUGUUUGGCUUUGUGCUGGACAUUCCCGAGCGGCAUCAGAGGGAGAUAUUCUUCACUACCAUGGAGAGCCACCUCCUCCGCUGCAAAAUCUUGGAGAUCAUUUUUCUCCACAGUUGUGAAAUACCCACACGCCUGCCACUGUCUCUAGCCCAAGCGCUCUAUUUCCUCAACAAUUCUACUUCACUGCUCAAAUGUCAGUCGGAUAAGACACAGUGGCAGACCUGGGAUGAGCUAGUAGAGCAUCUCCAGUUUCUCCUGUCCAGUUACCAGCAUGUGUUAAGAGAGCACCUGAGGAGUUCUGUGAUUGAUCGAAAAGACUUGAUCAUCAAAAGGGUGAAGCCCAAGCCACAGCUAGGCGACGACAUCACUGUGGUGGACGUGGAAAAGCAAAUCAAUGCCUUCCGCAGACGCCUGGGCCAGAUCCUGGGGGAGCCGCUCGUACCCCAGCUCCAGGACAAAGUGCACUUGCUGAAACUCCUACUUUUUUAUGCUGCAGACUUGAACCCCGAUGCAGAGUCCACACCCCAUAACUGGAACACUCCAAGCUGUGUGACCACCUACCACAGAAGUACCUCCUGAAUCCUCUCUGCCAUUGGCUCAGAUGUUCUAAUGGUUAAAAACAGAAUCGCAACUAUGAUAGGACCAAAGCAAGCUUGUUCAUCUUUAGGUUCUGAUCACUUUCAAACGAAAACCUUUUUUAUUUUUUUGACAACUAGCCUCAUCUCUUCCUGAGCAAGUCUUAAAGGCAGCAGGUAUGUGUUUGUGUGUGUGUAUAAAUAUACACACAUAUAUAUACAUAUAGAUAUUUUAAUAAAUUAUUUAUCUAUG